AUGAAUUCAGAUAAUGACGCGUUCGCUGUUAAAUACAUUACAAAUUGUCUCGCAACUGGAGAAAUCCACAAUAACGAAGCAAGUAUUGAAGUCCUGUUUCGAUCGAUAGACGGAGUAGAUUUGCAACCUAAAUCGAAUAUCAAAGCAGCGGCUGUAGAGCCACUUAAUACCAGUGAAACCAGUACUGGCACCUCACAUCUCGCUGAGCUAGAACAAUUGCAGCAAUCUUCAACAGACGACCAAACAAAUGUUCAGAGUGCUCCAAGGGAUACGAGUACGAGUUCUUCAAAGAGUGAAGCAUGGAAGCAUUUCAAAAAAAUCGAUAAUACUUCGGCUCGAUGCAAUAUUUGCAUCAAAUCGAUCAAACAUAGUGGCAACACGACUAACUUAAUGCAGCAUAUGAGACACUCCCAUUCAAUGCAUUUACCAUUGGAAAAACGACACGCACGUCAAACAGCAACUGCAAGCGGAAGAGCUGCCAAACGAGGCAAAUUCAUAAUUGAUUCAGAUUCAGAAAAUGUGGAUGAUCCGUCACCGAGUGGGGGCUCUUCUGCAGCCAGGAUAACGAACAAAAUCGUCUACAUGAUUGCCGCAGAUCAUUGGCCUUUGUCAAUAGUUGAGUCAAGAGGAUUCAGAGCGUUAAUGAAAGAGGUCGUCCCACUUUACUCAAUUCCAAGUCGAAAAACUAUCACAAAAACACUUGAGCUGAAGUACGAGCAGAUGAGAAAAGUGUAUCGAGAUCGUCUUGCACUUCAAACUUCCAUUACUCUAACAUGCGACAUAUGGACGGAUACGGCUAAUCAGAGUUACCUGGGCAUCACGAGUCAUUAUUUGACCAAAGAACUCUCAUUCGCGAAUAGUUGCUUGGGAGUAUUUCCACUUCAUGAGCGUCACACGGCUAACUAUAUUUCGGAAAAAUUGGAAUCUUCCUUGGCGUCGUUCGGUAUACCAUUGUCCAAAGUUACAGCGAUCGUAACGGAUCGUGGAACAAAUAUUUACAAGGCAGCGGUUGACACGUUUGGUGCUUCAAAACACAUUCCGUGUUUGGCUCAUAUUCUUUCAGGCGUAGUACCGAUCGCUAUAAAAACGCUACCUUCAAUUGAAAAAAUCUUCUUUCGUCUCAAAGAAAUUGUCACGAUUACGAAAAGGAGUGUCGUUGCAUCGGAUGAGCUGCGAAGACUCCAAAUCUGCAAUGGGAAGACUGAGAGUACGGCACUGAAAUUAAAGCAAGAUGUGCCCACGCGUUGGAACUCAACAUUCUACAUGAUCAAAAGAUUUCUUGAACUCCGUGAUUAUGUAUAUCCAGUCCUAAUGAAAUGCCCUUCAGCUCCGGAAAUGUUGACACGAGAAGAGAUUGAAAUCCUUCAAGAUUGCGUACGAGUUAUGAGUCCGAUUGAAAACGCAAUACGUGAAAUAAGUGGUGAAACGUAUUCGACUGGUAGUAUAGCCAUCCCAAUCUUCCGAUGCAUGGAAAUCACAUUGACCAAAUGUGAACCGACCACAAAACCCGGGGAAUCUUUCAAGUCUGCCAUCAUUGCUCAAGUUCAAAAAAAUUUCGAUGGAAUCGAAAAAACUGAAUUAUUAGCAAUGACAACGAUUUUGGAUCCCCGGUUCAAAAAGGUUCAUUUUCAAUCUGCUUUAGCAGCAGCAGGGGCAAUCAGGAAGAUCAACAACGAACUCAAAUCGGAUGAUAAUAGUAGCGGUUUGAAAGUUACGCCCGUUUCGGAUUCAAAAAGCUCAACUGAUGUUGAUAUAUGGCAAGUUCAUGAUAACUUGAUCACCAAACAUUUAGAAUUAUCGGGCAAUGAUUCUUCGGAGCUUAAUCUUGAAUUGCGGCAAUACUUGAAUCAACCCACAAUUUCACGACAUGGAAACCCACUAGAAUAUUGGUCCGGUGUAAAAAAAGCAUUUCCAAAGCUUUACCCUUUGGCAAUAAAAUAUUUGAAUAUCAUCACAACUUCGGUCCCAUCGGAGCGUUUAUUUUCCAAGGCUAGGGCAAUAAAAACAGAGCGACGCAACAGAUUGGGGGGUAAGCGUUUGAAUAUGUUGCUUUUCCUCAAUUCAAUGGGUGAUAAGGACUGGGAUUUAGAAUAA